AUGGACGAUAGGUACGGCCGGUCAGGUAUGGCUGACCGGAGGCACGAGUUUGUGGAUCUGGGAACGGAGGAACGGAGAAUAUGGCCGACGAGGAAAGGCGAGGAAGAAUCACUAAGGAUUGAGGCGAGGACGUCGGCUUAUCUUACCGAUCCUUUCGGUCGUCCGGCGAUUGAUUUUGAUCACGGUAAGGAGCCGCAAGGAGCUAUUGAUUCCAUGCCUGAUAUCCCGAUGGCAGCAGCCGACCGCCUGGCUUCCUCCGUUCCCGAACGACUCAGCGGGUUCUCUGAUCGUCCCGAUGGGUACGGGAACAGCCGCAGGAACGCAGGGAGCGCGUUGGACGCGAGUCGCAGGAGCAGCUUCGGAGAAGAUUCCGAUGUGGGAGGGCUGCAGCAGUUGCGGCACGACAUGGGGCUGCAGCGGCGGGAGCUGUCAACUGGCGGAACGCUGCUCGCCGUCCGCGGAGCGGGCGACGAUGAGGCGGGCGGAGGUGGCGGAAUGGGGGGAAGCGGCGGAAUGGGUGGGAGCGGCGGAAUGGUUGGCGUUGGCGGAAUGAGUGGUAGCGGAGGUGUGAGUGGUGCCGCGGGGAUGAAUAGAGGGGCAGGUGACGGCUACGGCGGGCGUGGAAGCAGCGAUCUUGAUCGGAUGGCAUCUCCGCCGUUGAAUGCCGUUGUGUCACCACCAGCGGGCGCAGGAAGCGGAGCAGGGGGGACGCGCGGAAGCGGAUCAGGAAGACCUAGGCGGUUGGACUCUCCCGACCGUUACUCAUCACGGGAAGAUGCGCGGGAUAGGGGGAGGGAUCCGGGGAGAGACGGCGGAAGGGAUGGGGGGAGAGGCGCCGGAAGGGAUGGGGGGAGAGAUGCGGGGAGGGACGGGGGAAGGGAUCUGUAUGGCAGAGGAUCGCCGCGCGGAGGACCGAUUGGGGGAAUGCGGGAGAUGGAGCAGCGGCGGGGGGAGAUGGAGGGAUUCGCGGAGCAGCAGCGGAUGGAGGAGCUGGUCGCUGCGGGCAUGGGGCUCGCGGGGCUUCCGCCGGGGGCGCACGUAGCGGCCGCGCAUUUCGGCGCGCGCAUGGGCAUGGGCGGAGGGUUCAUGGGCCCCCGCGGGAACCCGAACGUGCAGCCGCGCGAGGGAGACUGGAUCUGCGUCGAACCCAUGUGCGGCAAUCUCAACUUCGCCCGCCGAGUCCGCUGCCACCAAUGCGGCAUGCCUCGCCGCGAGCAGCCGCCCAUAGUCCCCAUGCCCUUCGCGCCCGACCUCCCCAUCCACCGCAUUGGACCGCCUCCAAUCCCUCUCCAUCCCUUGGGACCCAUGAGAGGCGCAGGCGACGGGCCAGGGUUUGGCAUUCUGGACGGGCAUGGGUUCCCGGGGGGACACUCGGGGAGAGGAGGCGGUAGGGAUGGGGGUUUCCUGCCUGGCGGUGGUGCUGGGGGUGGUGGUGGUGGCGGCGGCAGGGAGUAUGAUAGGAGUGGCAGCGGCAGGGAGUAUGGUGGGGAGAGCGGUAGGGGGGGUGGCCGCCGGGGGGAGUAUGAUGAACGGCCGAGAUCUGGCGAUGGUGGGAUGCUGGAGGGGAGGGGCGGCGGAGGGGGGUACGAUGGGGGCAGGAGAGGGGGGAGUGCGCGGGAGGAGUAUUUGGGUCCGGAGGGGGGGUAUGGGAUGGAGAUUCAUGGGCGGGGGAGGGAGUGGAUGGGCGGGAGGGAGAGAAUGAUGGGCCGAGGGGCAGCUUGGGAUGCCAUGGGUGGUGGUAUGGGGCAUGGGGGGCAUGGGGGGCGUGGGGGACAUGGGGGGCAUGGGAUGAUGCUGGGUCUGAGAGGGAGGGAUGAUGUGAGGCCAGGUGGCAGGGACUGGGAUCUGGAGAAGGAUCGGGCACUGGAGAGGGCGCGAGAGAGGGAGAUUAUGAAGGAGAGGGAGAGGCGGAAGGGGAGGGAGCGGGGGAGGGAGAAGCUGGGGGAGCGGGACAGGGGGCAGGAGGGGAGGGAGGGAAGGGAGCGGCGCGAGAGAGGGUCGGAGGAUGAGCGGGAGAGGGAUCGGGAGCGGGACCGUGACAGGGAGAGGGAGAGAGGGAAAGGUGGAGAGGCGAUGGGAGGGGGUAGAGAGGGCAAUGGUAGGGCGGAUGGGGGUGGGGAGAGGAGGGAGGAAGGGGCAAGGCGGAUGCAGUCUCCUGAGAGGCGUGCGAUGAAAGGGGACGGGGGAAAGGAGAGGGAGCGGAGCCGCUCCCCCCGUCCUCGGCGAUAA